AUGGACUUCUCCAUAGCCCUGAAAAACUUGCAGGAAACAUGCACCUGUCCCAUUUGCUUGGCUCUCUUCAGAGACCCAGUGACCAUUAUCUGUGGGCACAACUUCUGUCACGAGUGCCUCAGUAUUUUCUGGAAGGAUCUAACGGAUGCCUUCCCCUGCCCUGUCUGCAAGGUUUGCUUCUCCGUGCGACACUGGCACAGGAACCCCCAGAUCUGUAACUUGACUGAUACCGUGAGGAAGCUGCCAAGAGUGAGCAGAGGGAGGAGGAGGGAAGUCUACACUGUGUGUCAGAGGCACAACCAGAUUCAGACCCUUUUCUGCGUGGAGGAUCAAGAGUUAAUGUGUCCCCGGUGCAGGUUCACGGAUAAACACCAUAUGCACGCUGUCUCCUGUGUGAGGAAAGCCGCCUUUCGUUACAGGAGGAUGCUAAGAGGCAGCAUGGAGCUUCUGGAGGACGAGGCGAAACAAUGUGAGAAAGCACUGACCCUGCAGCACAGAAAAACUCUUGAGCUGAGGAAGAAGUUUGGAUAUAAGAAAAAAGAGAUCUGUUUUGAAUUUGAGCAAGUCAAACUGUUUCUGCAGAAUGAGCAUGAGGCGCUUCUAAAUGAGAUACACAUUGAGGAGCUGGUGGGUUUAUCAACGCUAAAUGAGUAUGUUGGGACCCUGUCAGAGCAUUUAUCUGCAUUAGAAGGUCUGUUGAAGGGGGCACAGGCCAAGCAUGUGCAGACAGAUGUUGCAUUUCUGGCAAGCCUUCUAAGAGAUUACCACAAAUGUGAAAAGCUGAAACGCCCCCAACUCUGGUCAUUCAGGACAAAGCAAUAUGGUCUCAGUCUCCCGCCACAGUACUCAGGCUUGGACAGAAUCAUCAAGAAAUUUCAGAUAGAUAUGCAUUUUAAUCUUUACACAGCACACCCUCAGCUUGUUAUCUCUGAGGAUUUAAAAUGCGUACUUUAUAAAGAAGCAAGACAAAGUGUUGAUGCUAGCCCUCACAGAUUUCGCUGGCCUGCCCUCCUGGGAUGUACAAGAUUUCACUCAGGACGUUGCUUCUGGGAAGUAAAAGUGGGAAACAAGGCCCUGUGGACAUUGGGUAUAUGUCAAGGCUGCUUUCCCGGGCGCUGGAGCGAUCAGCCCUCAGUUGCUGAGGGUUUCUGGGCAAUUGGGAGAUACAGUGAGAGUGGCUAUGUCACCUGUGGGCCCAAAAGAACAGAGUUCCUGCCAGUGGUGCAGCCCACCAGGAUCGGCGUCUUUUUGGAUUAUGAGUUGGGUGAGCUCUCCUUCUAUAAUAUGAAUGACAGAUCUCUCCUCUACAUGUUCAAUCAUUCCUUUACCAGCGCCGUUUGGCCUUAUUUCUGUACAGGAACAGAUCCUGAACCUCUUAAAAUCUUGGCACCCUAA